CGCAUAGCUGGGUGGUCUAGGCGACGGAGCGCGCGGUGUGGUGUGCCUUUCGCAGGGCUCAUAGAAAUUAGAGCUCGCCCUUGGCAUUGUAUUCUCGUCUCUGCCUCAUCUUCUCUCCACUUGCGCAGUUCAUGUUAUCUCGUUCUUUUCCCCUCGAGAUUCCAGUAACCUCACCCUGCAAGAAUGGCCCACGCAAUGACCAUCUCCGUGGCCGUCGCGCCCGUUGCUGCCGCUUUCCCUAACCUCGCCGCGUCACUUCGCUCUCGCGGCGGCGUCUCUCUCCGUCCGUCGCGCCUGGUCGUCACGAGGCGCCUUCCCGCGUUGAAGAUCUCGGCCAAGUCGCAGGACGAGUUCAUUGAAGACCGCAAGGAGCGCGCGGAGCGCCAGGCGAACGACCUCAAAGAGCGGCUGGAGGACGCGCGGGAGCGCGGGGAGAGGGCGGGGGAGGAGUUCCGCAGCGAGGCGCAGCGCGUGGGCGAGCAGGCAUGGGACCAGGCGGAGCACGCGGCGCAGGGCUUCCAGUCCCAGUCGCAGAAGGCGGGGGAGAAGGCGCAGGAGCAAGGGCGCGAGGCGGGGCAGUGGGCGCAGGAUACGGGAGAGAGCAUCCUGAGCGCGGGGCAGAGGUCCGCGGAGCAGGCGCGGGAGAAGUUCGAGGAGCAGCGCGAAAGAGCUGCCCACGCGGGGGAUGAUGUGCGCGCUAAGGCGUCGGAGGCCGCUGACAGGCUGAAGCAGAACACCCAGGCAAGCUGGGAUCAGACCAAGGAAGCUGGGGAGAAGGUUCGCGGCCGCGCGGGAGAAAUCGGGGAGAACCUGCGCGAUCAGGCGCGUGAUGCUGCGCGCAGGGGGCAGGAGACGGGGGAGGAGGCGAAGGAGCAGGCGGAGGGGCUUAUCGACCGCGCCAAGGAGGGGAUCAAGGACGCGUACGAGACCGUGCAGGAAGGGUUGCACGAGGGCUUCGAGCGGAUCAGGCACAUGGGCGAGGACAUCACGGAGAAUGUGACUAAAACGAAGGACGCUGCUGGGGAGAAGGUGUCGGGCGCAGUGCAGAGCGUGAAGGGGACGGUGGGUGACGCGCAGGAGAGGAUCAGCGACGGGGCGCAAAGGCUUGUUGGGGACGCGGAGGAGGGGGGCGAGCGCGCGAAGGACGAACUGCGCGAUGUGCAGGGGGAGUUGAAGGAGGGCGCGAGGAAGGUGGAGGAGAAGGGGAAGAGGGCUCUGCGCAAGGGGGAGCGCAAAGCGGGGGAGGUGUCUGAUGAGAUCAAGAGGAUGUGAGCUGCGCCUGAUGUCAAGGUUGGUGGGUAAUACCGUUGCAAAGCAGUGUUGCCCACUGUACAGCAUUUGAGUGUAAAUAUGUACCUACCCACCCUUAUGGAGUCAAAUUUCCAUAAACAUACUAGCGGUCU